AUGUUACUGGCUUUUCUUGCUCGUGUAGACGAUUUCGAGGUACACGAAAAUGUGAUUUACAUCUACAGGAAAAGAUGGUCAGCUCCAGACGGAGUUUUCAAUCGCACGAAUCAACAUUGUCUACCGACAAAUAUCUUCACAACGAACGAACAAAGGGAAAGGCGAUGUUUUCACGAUCUACUUGUUCGCCAAACCUUGCUUUUGGAGUCGCUUGCUAGCAACAGUCCGGCUCCUUCGAUUGCUCUCGGCGAUGAGCAUGCCACACAAACCGGAGAACAAUCUCAUCAAUGCAAAUGGUCUAUCCUAGUCCGCGCGGAUGAUUUACGAAUAGGUCAUAUCGCAUACGGCGAUGCGCGUUUGAUCAAUAAUAUGACGAACAUGGGCAAUCCCGUUCAUUGCGAGAUUGCGCGAUGGUCAUUGGUACUCCGAUCGACUGAAGGCGCAGCCAUGCGUUAUCCUUUGCCAUCAAUCGAACUUCCGAAAGAGCCGAUGUGGAAUCGCACAUAG